GCUUCUAACUUGUGCAGAAAGUAAUCUGAAACAUUACUUUUUAACCAAUUGUACUUUCAUAUCCAUAAAUCCAACAUCAAUGCUUUCAGUGACAUAACAGCCAGGACCUGGAAAAUAAUACCAUACAUUGUUGUGUCAAACAUGAAGCUCGCGGUCACUCUCAUGAUUCUGAUUGCCACCCUUUUGGGGGUUGCCAUUGAUGGGUACCAUUGCAAAGUUGUUCAGUUCAUCUUUGGUGACUCCCUUUCAGAUACUGGUAACAACAGGUACCUCUCCAGGAGUCUUGCUAAUGCAAACCUGCCCUGGUAUGGUAUUGAUUUCGGCAAUGGACUGCCCAAUGGCAGGUUCACCAAUGGCCGCACUGUUGCUGAUAUAAUAGGUGACAUGACUGGUACCCCAAGAGCGCCUGCAUUUAUGGAUCCAUCUUUAACUGAAGAUAUCAUAUUGGAGAAUGGAGUGAAUUAUGCCUCUGGUGGUGCUGGGAUUUUAAAUGAAACUGGGGGUUACUUUAUUCAGAGGUUGCCACUCUACAAGCAAAUUGAGCUAUUUCAAGGGACACAAGAACUUAUUAGAAGCAAAAUUGGCAACCAAGAAACAGAAAAGUUCUUUCAAGAGGCCCGGUAUGUGGUUGCUUUAGGAAGCAAUGACUUCAUCAACAAUUACUUAACAGGGGUUAACGGUGAUUCCUGGAAUUACAAUGAUCGUAGUUUUGUUAACUACUUAAUGGAGACACUUGAAACACAACUCAAGAUAUUGCAUAAGUUGGGUGCUCGGCAAUUGAUGGUGUUCGGGCUAGGACCGAUGGGUUGCAUUCCACUCCAAAGGGUUCUAACUACAGAUGGCAGCUGCCAGGAGAAAACCAACAAACUAGCUAUCAGCUUCAAUCAAGCUGCAAGCAAGUUAUUAGAUAAUCUUUCAACCAAACUUGUCAAUGCAAGCUUCAAAUUCGGAGACGCUUAUGAUGUUGUCAAUGAUGUUAUCACCAACCCACAAAAAUAUGGAUUUAGUAACUCUGAUUCGCCAUGCUGUACCUUGGGGAGAAUUAGGCCGUCCCUUACAUGUUUACCUGUGUCAUCACUGUGCAAAGACAGAAGCAAGUAUGUGUUUUGGGAUGAAUACCACCCAUCAGAUAGUGCUAAUGAGUUGAUAGCUAAUGAGCUUAUCAAGAAGUUCGGAUUUCUGCCCGAUGCUCCAUCUCCUGCACCUGCCUUCGGUCCAUCCUCAGAGACAGAUGGAUAACCUAUUUCACUAAUAAAGCUACAAAUAAAUGAGGAGAGCAGCUUCAUUGCAUUCUUCCUUUGUUAGCUGAAUCAACUUCUACUAAAGUUUGGUUAAUGCUUUUGCAAUUGUUCCUUCGGAAAUGAAUAAUGGAUGACAAUUUCGCUUUUUCAAGUUUAAUCAUGUGAAUUUGUCAUUUCAGCAAUCUUGGGUGGGAAAUAGUUUUGCGGCCUUCGAAAAUAUCUAUAUUCGUCAACCAUUCAGGUUCGGGCAUUGCAUCUCA